ACAGCUACGCCACAUGGGAGACCUGCGUCGACAAGUUCCAAGGCAGGCCGCUGCACAUGCUUCACCAAGAUUCCGCUCCAGUGUACAACACAGAAGGCAAUGACGAGGGAUAUUGGUGCCUUGCGGCCGGAGCGCACCGUCCCGGUCAGUUUUGUCGGCUCAUGCCCGUGGUCCUGCGCCGGCUUUGAGCCAGUCUCGCCGGAAGGCCAUGGCAGUUGGUCUGACCUGAGCCACAUGUCCCAAGGUCAUGCCAGGGUGAGGCAGCGAAAGAGCCACUUGUGCGAGUGCGAAGCUGGUACCAAGUGCAUGAGCACUUUCGUCCUCAUUCUGUCUGAGGUUGUAUGGGAUUCGCAAUCGGAACCAAAAUGUUGA